CAACAAUGUAGUAUAAAUAAUUAACAAAAUAUUUUAUUGUAAUUAUGAAAAUUCAUGAAAGUGAUAUUCAAAUGACUCAACAUUUGAAGAGCUGUGAGAGUAUUAUCAUAGAGAAAAGAUAGCACUAUGAAGAUAUCUCAUGCUCAUGGUAUAGGGUGUUCAUGUUCUAAAUUUAAAGCCGAUUUUUUGUCAACUCAAGCUGAUUACUGUCUAUUAUUACGUUUUGGCUGGGUGAGAGUAUAAAAAUUGCGCAUUAUGAGUCUACCAGUGUCACAUAGCUUCACGAAAAAGAACCAUGUGGACUGAAUUGUUUCAAACGUCAUGUCAUGUGAGAUAUAUUUUUCAAUGCCGAAGCAUGUGUGCGACGCACAAUGCCUCGCCAAAGCUUGCCUUGCACCAAUAUGUGCGUCUGUCAAUACGCGGCUUCCAUCCUUAUAGGAUAGAACUGUUCAAAUCCCCUCUUUGAUUUUCGAUUAUUUUGUCUUUUCAAUUAUUUGCAGUAGGUGAAAGUGAUUAAUUAUCUCUACUCAUUCAAUGUGAUUAGGCACAAUGGAUUUCGAAGGAGGAGAGUACAGCUACAGAUGCCACAGUGGAUCCAGACCAGUCCAGAUUCAGCCAAACAACAUGGAUGGUCAAGGUCAAGACAACUCAGGGUCAAUGACACAUUCUCAACAUCAAGGACCAGACAUGGACAUCUGUGAUUGGCCGAUCCAUGGAUCAGAUGAAGCUGAAGACAUCAUUGAAGAAAAGUACCAGAUUCAGCAUAACAUGGAUAAUCAGGUUGUAUACUUAGACCACAAUUAUUCAAAACAUCGAUUUGAAAUUAUAGUGCUAAAGCCAGAGGUUCUGAUUGAAGAAGAAGAACACCAACAACAUGAAGGAAUAGUGGAAGAAGAGGAGAUUCAGCAAGAAAAUGAUACAGGCAUACAGAUUGAAAGCAUCUAUUCUCUUUCAACAGAUAGACUGAACUGUGACCCCUUUAUACCUGAACACAUGAAAGUUGAAAAUGUAGAAGAAUCUUAUGAAACACACUCAGAAACAUUAGUGGAUAUUGAAGACAAUUAUUCUGAUACAAUAUUUACAAAUUCUGAAAGUAUAAGAAUACCAACAGGACUAUGUAUAUCAAACUCUGUCGUUCAAGGAGGUUUAAGCUCCAUCAAUAGAUCAGUUGAUGAAACUCUUGGGAACACUUCGAUCAACGAUUCUGAUGAAGACCUCAAUGAGGUGGACUUAUUAAUUAAAAAUGCAAGAAAGAAAUCAAAUCUCACCCAACAUUUGAGGUUUCACACUGGAGAGAGACCAUUCAGCUGUGAUUUCUGUGACUACAAAGCAAUAAAGAAAUCAAAUCUCACCCAACAUUUAAGGAUUCACACUGGUGAAAAACCCUAUACCUGUGAUUUUUGUGACUACAAAGCAAUAAAGAAAUCAUCUCUCACCAAACAUAUAAGGACUCACACUGUAGAGAGACCCUUCAGCUGUGAUUUUUGUGACCACAAGGCAACAAACAAAUCAGCUCUCACCCAACAUCUAAGGAUUCACACUGGAGAGAGACCCUUCAGCUGUGAUUUCUGUGACUACAAAGCUAAUCAGAAAUCUGAUCUCACCAAACAUAUAAGGAUUCACACUGGAGAGAGACCCUACAGCUGUGAUUUCUGUGACUACAAAUCUUAUCAGAAAUCUGAUCUCACCAGACAUAUAAGGACUCACACUGUAGAGAGACCCUUCAGCUGUAAUUUUUGUGACUACAAAUCAACACAAAAAUCAGCUCUCACCCAACAUCUGAGGAUUCACACCGGUGAAAGACCCUUCAGCUGUGAUUUCUGUGACUACAAAGCAACAGAAAAAUCAGCUCUCACCCAACAUUUGAGGACUCACACUGGAGAGAGACCCUACAGCUGUGAUCUCUGUGACUACAAAGCAACACAAAAAUCAGCUCUCACCCAACAUCUAAUGAUUCACACUGGAGAGAGACCCUUCAGCUGUGAUUUAUGUAACUACAAAGCAAUAAAGAAAUCAAAUCUCACCCAACAUUUAAGGACUCACACUGGAGAGAGACCCUUCAGAUGUGAUUUCUGUGACUACAAAUCAACACAUAAAUCAGCUCUCAACAGACAUCUGAGGACGCACACUAAAGAAAGACCCUAGAGCUGUGAUUUCUAUGACUACAAAACAAAACUAAAAAAAAUUAAGGAAACACACUUGCAUAAACUUUGAAAUACAAUUUUUCCAUAUAAAAUCUCUUACAAUCCAAAACAACAUUCGAAUACUAAAAAUAUUUAACUGAUUUCUGAGGCCCCAUAACUCUUACAACAGCUCAACUCUCAAAACUCUGAACCAUUCAUUAACAUAGAAAAUAUAUUAAUAAUUUUAUCAAUUUUCAUUUACAUAGAAACUCUGUCAAUCAGAAAUCAUUCUCAGGCAUAAUAAUUCAAGAAAGUUUCAAAAUGUUAAUGUCUUGCCCUUCUUAUCAUAUGCAUGAUUCAUCAAUUUUCUAUCUGAAUAUUUUUCUUAAAUUUAGCUGACUCACUGUACAUACUACUAUAAAUAUUUCCAGAUUUGUUUUUCUAGUCAGUACAAUUUGUAUUCAUAUUUUUUGAAUAUUUGUGCAAUAAAGUAUAAUAGUCUUUGAAUAAAACUCUCAAUAUUCAUUUUUGUCUUUCAUAUCUAUUCUAUUAUAAAAUUAUCCAUCAAUGUCUAUGAAUGCAACAUCAGUUAUGUCUUUUCAAAUAAAUUAUUCUUGUGUUCAUUACAUUUCAUUUGAAAACACUUUUUUACCAGACUAUGUUCUAGUUAUUUCAAUGUUACAAAAUUUAUUAUGCUCUUUGCACCUGGAUUCACAAGAUUUUUGUUUUUGAAUAACUUUUAAAUUGCAUUAUAUUAAGAAUUAAAAUGAGAGGCCAAAAAAAGUUCUUUCUAAAUUCUCCAAUUUCACUUUCACCACCCACUUAUCUUUUGAAACAAAAGAGUUUUAGCAUUUCAAAAAUGUUAUGUUUGUUUGUAUAGUAAGUGCUAGUGUUUAAUAUUAAUAAUUUUUGUAUAGUAGGGCUCAUCGAAUUUCCAUCAAGCUGUUUACCCUGUUGUCAAUAUUUGCAGUAGCAGAAGUCUUUGGGAUGAUUUACAGCAUCUAAUUUUGAUUUCUGUCUAAUAAUAAUUGUUACAAAACUUGUCAUGCUCUUUGCACCUGGAUUCACAAGUUUUUUUGUUGAAAAAGAUAGAUCCGAGAAUCAUUAAUAAUAAACUGAGUUUGAACUGGACAGAAUAGGUUCAGGAACAGCAAACUUAUAAUAAUAAAUCAAAGACAUUCUCAUCAAACCAAAUAGGUAGGUUCAUUUCCAUCAUUUAAUUCAAGUUUACUUGGAAAUGGUUGAUUUCAAGGGUUAAAUGAGUCGUCCAUUUACAAAAGUGCCUACUUGCCAAAAACAAAAUUUUCAGGAAACAAGAAAACCUUAAUUUCAUUGAAAUUAUGGGUUAAUUAAUUACUGUUAAGUUUAUAAAAUCCGUGAAUAAAUUGGAAACACAAUUUACAAGGUCUUAGAUUACAAUAUUUUUUUAUAUAUAUAGUAGUUUUAAGCUGUUUUAACUAGACAGUUUUGGAAAAAAUAUUUGUAAUUAGCAAGUUUUGGAAAUGGACCUUUGUCAAGUAGCUAGUUUUGAUACUGUGAAUAAAUCAGGUCUGAUUUGGAAAUCUAAAACAACAAAGAGCCUGAAGAAGAGUUUUAAAAGUGUAAAACAGAAUUUAUUCAAAUAAAUGUUCUAUUAAACAUAUUUGAAUAAUCUUGAAAUAUUAAAUCAAUGAAAUAUUGUAGAAAAAUUAUUAUGAAAAAUGUACUCUCACCAAAUAUUAAAAAAUGAGCUAGAACAAUGUUCAUGAAAAUUUUUCUUAAAUGUAACAAUUAAGCAAAAUUUGACUGUCUUCAAUCAAUGAAAAAUUAGCUAGCUCAACAUAUAUCAAGAAGAGUUUUUUUGCCUUAUUAUCAUGAGUCUUUUUUUACACUCUUAAAUUUAUUUCUUCCAUGGGCUCAUCAAUUUCUUCAUUUUCAUCAACAUUUUGAAGAUCCAGUUGUUCUUGUUUUGAUAUGACAUCUUUGUAGAACUUCAAAUGACAAGAACUUUCCACUGCACCUUCUUCAGCUGUCACUUCUUCAGCAUUCAUUCUUCCUCAGGCCUCAGGUAUAAUACAAAACACAAAACAACUUGAACAACAUAAACCUCUUAAAUCAAUCAACUAUCAAUGAACACAGCUUAUUGAAAAUAACUGAUCCCCUGGAAGUGACAGGUUGGCCAACAGUACUAUAGAUUUUUAUAUUCAGUAAUAUUGAUUUUCACUAUGAAAAUGUAUGCCAGUGCUUCAGAAUAAACAAUAUUGUGGAAGCUUACAACUAGUAAGUAGGGCUUUUUUAUAUUGCAACUAGCCAGUUUUGGAAAAAUCUUCGUGAACUCUGUCAUCUUAGUUGCUAGCAAGUAGAUAGUUUUGGAACAGUUUGCAUGAAGACAGUUUUGGAAAUGGAAUGAAAUGCAACUAGGCUCACUUUGAAUCUGUACUCGAUUUUCAAUCAUUUUUUUCAAAAUAGGAUAAAGAAACUUUUGUCACUGUAAAAGUGUUUUAUAAUGUAUAUUCCAGUUGUUCCAACAACAUGCAAUCAAAAUCUCAAUUUCUCAAACUUUGUCAAGAAGGCACUUUUGGAAAUGGACGACUCAAAUAACCCAAUUUAUUUCAUUUAUUUACAAUGCAAAUGACACUAAUGUAAAAACAGUGAGAGAUGAAAUAAUAAGGUAGUCCUUGUGCUAUUUUAUUCCAAAUUUCUAAGUGACAAAGUCCAAGAUAAGG